AUGCUUCUUCCUGUUGCGUGCCCGAGACCCGCCCCGCUGCUGAAACUUGCUGUAACAGACGGCCACGGCAGCUGUACAGAGGGUGACGCAGCUUACAUCACUGCUCGCUCUGCUACGGCAUGCUACGCAUGCUACGCAGUGAUCGGAUACAGCGCCCACCUACCUAGCCUUCCCAGUCUCCUUGACGAGCACGGCCCGCCUACGAGCCGCCAGUAUGGCUCGCCACCUCGCCCUUGUCGAACCAACCUCUGA